CUGGCCCUUCUAAGGUUGGCGCGGGGGCUUCACUGUUAGUCAGGUGGAGCCGGAGCGCAGGACCAGGCCGGAGCGGCCCCAAGUGACCUGGGCGUGCUGGAGAAACGAGAUGGGCCGGCGGGCGUCCCUCAUGCGGCCGCCGGACAGGGGCAGGGAACUGAUGUAAUCGGGAUCUCUCCGGCCUCGGGGACAGGGAAGGCUGGUCCAGUCAGAGCCCGCCUACAGCAGCGCCCGGCUGGGUCUGAGCUUGUCGGAGGCUCUCCUGCUUCAGAGCUGGCAGGGUGGUGGCCAAGAGCCUCCUGGCACAGAGGCACCAGGCAGGUGGCGCCUAUUGCAACGCAGAUGUCAUCCUAGCUCCAGACGCGGACACGUUUUCUUCCAAUGGAGUUGGUCCCCAGCAUGCUGACAUCUGCAGGAGAUGAUGCUGGUGGAAGAAGUUUGCCAAACCUUUGAAGGGAAAGGUUGCCUUCUGAGGACCUCUGCCCUCUCCACAGCAGCCUCUUGAGGUGCAAGGAGGAAAUGGAAACACGUUCUCAGCUGGUUCCACCCCAGGCAUCUGUGUGCUUCGAGGAUGUGGCUAUGGCCUUCACACAGGAGGAAUGGGAACAACUGGACCUGGCCCAGAGGACACUGUACCGAGAGGUGACACUGGAGACCUGGGAGCAUCUUGUCUCCCUGGGGCUUUUGCUUUCCAAACCUGAUGUGAUAUCUCAGCUGGAGCAAGAAGAGGACCUGUGCAGGGCAGAGCAGGUGGCCCUCCAAGACUGGAAGGCUACCCUUGAAAAGAAUAGGUUGAAUUCUGAAAAAGAUCGAGUGUGGGAUGAACUCUCCCACCAUGUGGAAGUGAAACAAUGUGUACAGGAGGAGCCACCCUGUUUGGUGUCAUUAGGAAAAGUGCAAGAUCAGAGCAACCAGUUAAGGGAACACCAGGAGAACUCCUUGAGGUUGACGGUACUCACCUCAAAGAGACUGUUUGCUCAAAGGAAACAUUGUGAGCUUGAACGUGGGGGAAGUUAUUCUCUACCUUCUGCUUUAAGCCUUCUACCUACAACAUUACCUACAAGUACAGGUUUCCAUAAGCCCAACUCACAGGUUAAACAGUUGAAAAGAAAUUCAGUUUUCAUUAAUCAUGAGAAAAAUGGAGUAGAUUGGAAGCACUGUGAAAAUCAUCAGCGUGCUAGAGCCUUCUGUCAGAGCAUUUACUUGAGUAAACUUGCAAACAUUGAAACAGGAAAUAAAAACCCUUAUGAAUAUAUUGUCGGUAGUGACUCUCUCAACUAUGAUUCCUCCCUUUGUUUUCAUGGUAGAAUUUUUUCAGUAAAGAAAAGUAAUAACUGUAAGGAUUGUGGAAACCUCUUCUGUCACAGUGUGUCUCUGAAUGAACACAAGCCAGUGCAUUUUGGAAAAAGUGAGUAUGAAUGUGAUGAGUGCAGGGAAGCCUGUUCUGAGAGUCUGUGCCUUGUACAAACAGAAGUAAGUGACCCUGGAGAGUCCCCCUUCAGAUGUGAGGAAGGCUGUGCUGCCUUCCCCUUGGCCUCAUCUUUUUCUGACUGUAACAUCGUUGAGACUGCAGAGAAGCCAUUUAUGUGUAAUCAGUGUGGAAAGUCUUUCAGCUGUUGUUCUAAGCUCAUUGUACACCAGAGAACACACACUGGAGAAAAGCCCUUUGAAUGUACACAGUGUGGGAAAUCUUUUAGCCAAAGCUAUGACCUCGUUAUACAUCAGAGGACACACACAGGAGAGAAACCCCAUGAGUGCAGCCUGUGUGGGAAAUCCUUUACCCAGAGUUCCAAACUUAUUAGGCAUCAGCGAAUUCACACUGGAGAAAAACCGUAUCAUUGUAUUGAAUGUGGAAAAUCCUUCAGGUGGAACUCUAACCUCAUUGUACAUCAGAGAAUUCAUACUGGAGAGAAACCGUACAAGUGUACUCACUGUGGAAGGUCCUUCAGCAAAAGCUCUGACUUUGUUGCUCAUAAAAGAACUCACACUGGAGAAAAGCCCUAUGAAUGUAACCGGUGUGAAAAAGCCUUCAUUUGAAGCACUCAGCUCAUCCGGCAUCUGCGAAUUCAUACUGGGGAGAAGCCAUACAAAUGCAAUCAGUGUGAUAAAGCCUUUACUGGGAGCUCCCACCUUGUGGAGCAUCAAAGAACUCACACUGGAGAGAAACCUUUUGAAUGCAGUCAGUGUGGGAAAGCCUUCACAGGGAGCUCUCACCUUCUUUCCCAUCAGAGAAUUCAUUCUGGAGAGAAACCCUACAAAUGUAGUGACUGUGGGAAAUCCUUUCGGCAGCAAUCUCAGCUUGUUGUGCAUCAGCGGACACACACUGGAGAGAAACCUUAUGAAUGCAGUCAUUGUGGAAAAGCUUUCAGCCAGAGGUCUCCCCUCAUUGUGCACCAGAGGACGCAUGUCGGUGAGAAGCCCUAUCAGUGUGACAUGUGUAUUAAGGCCUUCAGCCAGUGGUCGCAACUUAUUGAACAUCAGAGAACGCAUACUGGAGAAAAGCCCUAUGAAUGCAUUGAUUGUGGGAAAGCGUUCAAUGAUCGCUCAACCCUUACUAAACACGAGAGGACACACACUGGAGAGAAACCCUAUGAAUGUGAGCACUGUGAGAAAGCCUUUAGCCAGCGGUGUCAACUUACUAGGCAUCAGAGAAUUCAUACUGGAGAGAAGCCCUAUGAAUGUAACAAAUGUGGAAAACUUUCCAGUUAUAAUACUUCCCUUAUUCAAUAUGAUAAAGCUCACAGGUGAGAAACCCUGUAAAUAACCAAGACAGGGCCAGACUCAGUGGCCAACACCUGUAAUCCAAGCACUUUGGGAGGCUGAGCCUGGUGGAUUGCUUGAGCCUAGGUGUUUGAGACCAGCCUGGGUAACAUGGCAAAAUCCUGUCUCUACAAAAAAUACAAAAAUUAGCCAAGCGUGGUGGUGCAUACCUGUAGUCCCAGGUACUCAGAAAGCUGAGGUGGGAGGAUCACUUGAGCUCCAGAAGUGGAGGUUGCAGUGAGCUGUGAUCAUGCCACUGCACUGCUGCCUAGUGAGAGAGUGAUAAUAGAUAAUAACCAAGAUGGGAAAUUUUCCUGCCAGACCCUCUUUACUAGAAAUCAGGUGGCCAGAACAUGACUCUCAGAGUGGGGCUUCAUGACCAUGUGCAUCAGAAUUGCCUUUUCUUGACAUGUACAGGUACAAAUUAAAAAAAAAAAAAGAAUUGCCUAGAGUGAGCACUGAAACUGUGUAUUCCCAAGCUCACUCUAGCCAAAUAAAUAAAAGUAUCUGGCAGUAAAA